AUGACUGUACUUCCCCUGAAAGACUCUAAAGAUCCUCAGGCCAAAGUAGCGCUUGAGCGUAUCGAGCAAAUCAAGAGCCAACUCAACUUGUCUUCAUCUCCCAUGUCCCGCCAAGCUCCCAAGGAUAUGGCUGCCGAACGUGCUGCUGCAGAAUUCAAUAUUGAGGCUCUUGCUACCCUGUGGGCAGGCGGAGAAAAGAGAUACAAUCUCAUCAAAAGGGCCAACGAAUACAUCAAGAAUGAUCCAGAGCUAGUUGUUCAGCCUCCUCGCAACUUCUUGGAACUGUCGAGAGAUGAAAUGCGUGAAUUUACAAUGGGCCAAAUUUACAGAGUGAUCCAAAUCAUGACAGAUCCAGAAUUCACAGACAAGGAGCUUGCCUAUGAAAUUGGACAUGCCACCAAUGUAUACUCUGAGAGUUUCUCUAUGCGCUUCUUUGUGCAUGAUUCCUUGUUUCGUAAUGUCGUGAAUAUGUUGGGUAACAAGGAACAACAAGAUCGAUACAAUGAUGAUAUCUCCCACUUCAGAAUCUUUGGUUGUUUUGCGAUGACCGAGUUGGGCCACAGUUCAGCUUUGCGUGAUAUCGAAACGGUGGCUACCUAUGAUGCAAAUACAGAUGAAUUCAUCUUGGAUUCGCCCACUGUAACCUCUACAAAAUGGUGGAUUGGCAUGGCAGGUCAAACGGCAACUCACACUGUUGUUAUCGCUCAAACUGUCGUGAAUAGCAAGAAUGUUGGCCUCAACUGGUUUGUGGUUCAACUUCGCAGUAAAUACACGGGUGAACUGGAGCCAAAUGUCAUGAUUGGUGAUAUCGGUCAAAAGGUGGGACAUGCUGGUGUGGAUAACGGUUGGAUCCAGUUCCGUCAAAAGCGUAUUCCUCGUGCCGACAUGCUGGCAAAAUGGGUGAGUCUGGAUCGUCAAGGCAACUACACACCUGCUCCCAAUCCAGCUGUCAUGUACGCCACCUUGAUUCCUGAACGUCUCUCGCUUGUCACUGUUACGACCCAAAUGAUCUCUCAAGCGCUGACAAUUGCUACUCGUUACGGUGUGGUUCGUCGCCAAGGAAACAAGGAUCAGCAAAUCAUGGACUAUCAAUCCCAUUACGUAAAAAUCAUUCCUGGUAUUGCUUUCAUGUACAUGGUGCAAUCGACAUCUGACGUCUUGAACAACCAAUUCACUGUCUUGACCGACGGCGGUAAGAUGGAUCCCAUUGUGUACCUGAAUCAUAUGGGCGAUAUGCAUGCUAUGUCUGCUUCUCUCAAGGGCCUUGCUGGCUGGUAUGCAACUGACAUUCUUGAGACAUGCCGUAGAAGCUGUGGUGGCCAUGCUUACUCUGCCUACAACGCUAUCGGUCAUAUCAUUGGUGAUUGGGGCGUCAUGACCACGGGUGGUGGUGACAAUGUAGUGCUCUUGCAGCAAUGUGCUCGCUACUUGUUGUACAGACUUGAACAAAAGCUUGAAUACGAUGAGUACCCUGAUCUCAAGUUCAAGAGUUCCACCAUCUACAUCAAGGAUGCCAAAAAGUACCUCGAGAACAAGACUUGGCCCACCAACGAUGCUCAUGAUUGCUUGAAGGAUUUCGCCUUGGUAUCAGAGGCGCUGAACACCAUUUUGAUCAAGAGACUGUAUAGUAUCCAAACCGCACUCAAGAACGGUGCCACUCAAAAUGAUGUAUUGCUUGACUCUGUCCGUGUGGCUGAAUUGCAUUGUGCUGCUUUCAUCUUCAGUGUGUGUGCUGAAAAGUAUGGUCAGCCUGUUGGAACAGCAGGUAUCGAACCUAGUGUCUUGGCCAUCAUGAAGAAGUUGACAGCCUUGUGGGGUCUUCAUGUCCUCCAUACAUAUGGCGAUCAAGGCUUCAAGGAAGGUUAUUUGACUCCUGACCAAAUUAACAGCAUUGAAAAGGCCUAUCUUGAGCAUUGUAAAUCGCUUCGUAAGCAAGUCAUUGGUCUGACAGAUGCCUUUGGAUUCCCUGAUUUCGUGCUCAAGGCUCCUAUUGCCAAAUAUGAUGGUGACAUCUAUCAAACUUACCUUGAGACGCUUCUUGCUGCACCUAGAAGUACUGGUGUUGCUCCUUAUCAUGCCAAGUAUAUCAAACCAUUAACAGAGCGUGAAAAUCCCAAUGUCAAAAAGUAG